AUGAUGGGAUACGGGGGUCAACCCUUUCAUCCCCAGCAAUCGCAGCAGCAACAGCAACAGCAACAACAACAGCCACAUCAGCCUCAGCAGGCCCACCAAUCGUCCCAAGCGCAGCAUCCGCUGGGUCCCCAGCGUCCGCAGCAUGGCCCAUCUCCAUCGCUAGGCACGACGCCAAAUCUGUCGCAGCAUGGCAGCCCUUAUACUGGGAACAAACCCUUGUUCCGGGGGCAGCCGCAGCAGAACUUUACUGCCGCACAAUCGCCGGAUAUGCGCAAGAUGGCCCCGACGUCGGGCCCACUCGCGGGGUAUCCGCCCACGACCAGCUUCACGCAAUUCCCGGGGCAUUUUACCCCGCAUGGUUCGCCGGAUAUGAUGGGUCGAAGCCAAGAUCCGAUGGCCUUGCAAAACCUGCAGAACAUGCAGCGCGGGUAUAGUCUGGCACAUCUUCGCCAGCCGCCAGGAAUGAGCCCUUCAGCCAUGCCACAUGGUCAAGGCAUGAAUGUCUCAUCUCCGCAGCAGCCAUUGAAUCGGCUACCUCAUUCAGGUGUGCAGCAGCGAGAGAGCCAUUCAUCCGCGAGUCCCUCGAUGGCAAGCCCUUCUAUGUUUGCUGUCAACCAACAACGACAAUCACAUUCGCAACCGCAAUCUCCGCAGCAGACCCAACAGCAUUUACAGCAGAGGCAGCAACAAUAUCAGCAGCAGCAGAAGCAAAUGCAUCAGCAACAACAACAAAUGUUGGAGCAGCAGCAGGCUCAGCAGCGACUCGAGCAACAGCAACGCCUUGAACAUCAACAGCGGAUUGAACAGCAACAGCAACGAAUUGAGCAACAACAACGCGCUGAGAAGGCUCGUGCUGAGCAACAGCGCCUGGAACAGCAACGUGCUGAGCAGAAACGCCUAGAACAACAACGAGUUGAACAGCAGCAGCAAAUGAUAGAGCAGCAGCGAUUGGAGCAACAACGGCUGGAACAACAACGGUUGGAGCAGCAGCGGUUAGAGCAGCAACGAUUGGAACAGCAACGGCUAGAACAGCAGCGUCUAGAACAGCAACGGUUGGAACAGCAGCGACAGGAGCAAGAGCGUUUGGAGCAGCAAAAGCAGCUGGAACAGAAGAAGCUGGAGCAGCAGCGUCUUGAACAAAAACGUGCGGAACAGCAACGCCUGGAACAGCAGCGUUUGGAACAGCAAAAGCAACAUCUGGAGCAACAGAGGCUUCAGAAACUGCAACAACAGCAAGCUCAACAUUCAUUCCACCAGACUUCGUUUCAGCACCACCCGCAGACCCAAUUCAAUCACUACCAGCCAGCUCAGACCCAAAAUCACUUCCAGCAGCACCAGCAACAGCAGCCACAGCAACAACCUCAGUUCACUCAGCCUCCCCAACAGCCUCGCCAACAUCAGUUUACCCCAACGCAAUUUCACCAUUACCAGCCACCUUCCCAGUCAUCGCAGCCACCGGCGGAGCAGCCUACAAUAAGGCCUUUCAUGCCACCGCCCAGCCAACCUCCACCCAAUCAACCACCUGUUGCGAAUUCCAAUGUCCAUUCGGAUGCGAAGGUCAAGGUCGAGCCAAGAAGCCCUGCUCCAAAGAAGAAGUCAAAACCGCGCGCGUCUGGAGUAAGCAAAGCCCAAGCCGCAUAUCAGCAUUCCUUCCAAGCAGUGCCUCCUGUCCCUGCACCUGCUCCGGCAUCCACUCCUGCCCCUGCUUCAUCUCUGCCGGCGCCGAUUCCUCCGGCCAAUGCAACCCCGACAAAACAGCCAAAUGGUCACCACCAGUUCUCUGCGGUUUCGAGUACGAACUCCGGAACAACAGAGACUCCAACGCCUCGCCGCAAACGAGGGCGUCCGCGCAAGGAAGAAGUUGCUGCUAGAGCCGCCGCCGCCGCCGCGCAUGCCGCCGCCACUGGCCAGCCUAUCCCAACAUCACAUCCCGGCCAAGUCUCAUUCGGGCCGAAUAUGACACCCAGUGCGCCAAUUCCCGGCACAAGUACCGCCCAAACUCCCAUCAUCGGUCCGGACGGAACUCCUUUGCCUUUGAAGCGGAAGCGUGGGCGGCCUCGCAAGGCUGAUCAGAUUGCUUGGGCUCAGGCUACAGGUCAACCGUUGCCACCACCGAAGCCAAAGAAGCCAGCUGUUCGCAAGCCUGGUACAGGUCGGCCUCGGGGAAGACCUCGGAAAGCCGAUGUGGCUGCUGCUGCUGCCGCGGCUGCGGCUGCAGGCAACACGGAUCAGCAACCUGGGUCUACGAUAUCACAGCCGACUCAAAAUCCAGAUGCAAAUGCGGCCCCGAAGCGCCCAGCGCCAGCAGAGGAUGAAUCACGGAAACGUCCUUGCCCGACUCCGUCAUAUCCCCAAACAGGCCAACAGCAUAUGUCAAUGAUGCAAGGUCAGCAAACGAUGCAAGUUCAGCCGCAGCAACCGCAGCAACCGCAGCAGCACCAACAGCUUCAACAACAACAACAUCAACAGCAGCGCCAAUCAAAUCCUCCACAAGGCCGCCAAUCAAUAACCCCUCAAAGCCAGCCGCAUAUGCAUCCAGGUCUAUCGUCGCACUCGAGUUUGUCAUUCAUCUCCCCACAAGCUCCGAACAUGUCGCUCCCGCAGCAAGGACAAUAUCUGCCACCGCAACCGGGCCAAGAACGCCUGGCCCCGAGUCCACACAUGCAGCAGCAACAACAAGCUCAGCACCGACAAUCGCAUCAGCAGGGACUGCCGCAACCAGGCCAGCCUCUCAUGCCACAAACGCAAAUGCACCAACCGCCUGCUCAGCGACCUACACCCUCUCAGCAAUACAUGCAAAUGCCACCAAUGCACAGCCUGCAACAACAACAACAACAACAACAACAACCCUUCCGCACACACACACCCGCCCAGCAACCUCAAAAACCACCACAAAACCGGCCCCAAGGGCCGCCGCAACCGCAGUCACACCCCCAGGCCCUAUCUCAAUCCCCGGCCCCACCGCGCCCUGCACCCCAAUACCAACACCAACACACCUUCCAGGUCCAGCUCCAACCCCAGCCGACCUAG